AUGGAGGCUGGCCAGCCCCCCGUCGCAGCUCCCAUGGAAACAGCACGGACACCACUAAUUGCCAUGGCAACGCCACGGCCGCGGGUCGAAUCGGACAUCGGGGCGCCGAUCGGGACGGCUCCACCGGGUGCUGUAUUUAUGAGCUGGACCUUGAUAACGCCUCGCGAGUGGAGCCCGCCGAACAGCACAGCACAGUCGUGUCCUCCAGUCACUCCAGUCACUCCAGUCACUUCAGUCACUCCAGACCCUGUGUUCUCCGUACUCCGUACGCGUUUACGGUAUGGAGACACUGAGCUGGGCGUCUCCACCCUGAACAUGAUGCAUCCAGAUCCCCCGUCGCCUCCACUGGCCCGUGUCUUCCCCCAGCCAGCCCAACCGGCCCCCUCAAUUGUACUCCGUACAAUUGCACCCAAAGGGUCACAGACACCCAAUGGCACCCAUAGCACCCAAUGGCAAACGCCAGAACCUAGUUGCACCCAAUGGCGCCCGGCUGCCCGGAGACGGGCAUCCUGCAGGUGUCUAGACUGCUCCAAUGGGUGGCGAUACGCUGCAGUACUGGUAAAUACCGAGGCUGGGUCGGUCAAACAGGCGAGCUGGGCUGAGGAUCUGAGGAUGGCUGGUGGCUGGGAGCUGGUUGCAGGGUUGCUGGAGAGCUCCACUCGACUCCGCCGGUGGAUCACCGAGCACGCCUACACCCGGAGGGGAAAGAAGGGAGCACGGGCGCGCCGGCGGUUGGCGUGGUUGGCGCUGGUGCUGGGGCUGGUGGCAAUCGCCAAUUCCCAUGUGCUAGCAGGAUAG